GACAAACAAAAAUGGAAAGUGUAAACUUUCUAAUGGGACGGAGAGUAUUAAUAUUUAGUUAAUAUGAGCAUGUGACCAAAAACUUGAUUCCUUGUCGAUAGAGUGACUGCCAUGUGGCAUUUGAUCAAAAGCCUUGGAGUCUGGCAGUCUGCUGAUGCUCUUUUAUGCAGGGAGGCCUUGCUUUCUUAUAUCAUCUGUGGCAACGAUGUUCAGGUUUCAGGUUCUUUAAGUGUGCUGGCCACUCUAUUGCAAACUAAAGAACUGGAUGAGGUAAUGCUAGAUGCUCUUGGAAUUCUUCCACAGCGGAAACAACAAAAAAAACUCUUGCUGCAAGCUUUGGUUGGUGAAGAAUCUGGUGAUGAGCAACUUUUUUGCCCUGAAAGUAAUGUAACCAAAUAUGGCUUCAGUGGUGAGCUUGAUAGCUACCUGCAAAAGCUUAAGGAUCAUUAUGGAGUCUCAUGUUCAUACCUAAAUAUUGGAACAAGUCCCCGGGUUAAUAGAUAUCAAGUACUCGAUGCAUUGGUCAGUCUUUUCUGCAGGUCAAACAUCUCCGCAGACACACUAUGGCAUGGUGGUUGGCUUUUGCGCCAGCUCCUUCCUCACAGUGAUGCAAAUUUUAAUAGCAAUCAUCGUAAAUUGCUUGAGAGUUCAUACUGUAGCUGCACCCAACGUAUUCUUGAAGAAACAAGAGGAACAUGGCCUGAUCUAUUGAUUGCAAUUAUCAGUGACGAGUGGAGAAAAUGCAAAAGAGCAAUUGAAGCCUCAUCACCUCAGAAAGAUCCUAAAUCCAUGCUUUUGCCACAAAAGAAGCAUGCUUCUGAAGACCUGUUUCCUGGUGAUUCAUCUAUUGCUGCUGGUGAAAGAAUGUGCGAGACAGUGAAGGUGUUUGUAUUAGUUCAUCAACUAUGUUCCUUCUCAAUUGGUAAAGUUUUGCCUGAACAACCUCCGGUACGUCCUCCGACUGAUGAUCCAGCAAGCUCCCGUGCAAAAACUGCCGGCGUCACUGGUUUCAGCCCAAAACCAAGCACUGAAAUAAAUCUUGGGGACGCGGUGCCUUGUAGAAUUGCAUUUGAGAGGGGAAAAGAGCGCCAUUUUUGGUUCUUAGCCACAAAUGUAGGAAUCUCUGGUUGGCUCAUUCUUGCAGAAGAGUUACCUCAGAAACCUCAGUUUGGUUUGGUGCGGGUUGUGGCCCCUUUGGCCGGUUGCAAUCCAAGAAUUGAUGACAAGCAUUCGAAAUGGCUACACCUACGAAUACGUCCAUCUUCCUUCCCUUUCUUGGACAAAUACCCUUCCCCCUCUAAAGUCAGUAAGGCAAAAGCCUUGGUGGAUGGAAGGUGGACGCUGGCAUUUCGGGACGAGGAAUCCUGCAAGUGUGCGUUAUCUAUGAUAGUCGAAGAGAUCAAUUUCCAAAGCGUUGAGGUUGAAAGAAGGAUACAGCCCUUGCUUGAUAUCGAAUGAGCAGGCGUUAGUUUUGGAAAUCUGCCUGCCUGUCUCAGAACUCUGGUAUGAGUUUCCUUUUUUCGUGCCCCAAUAAUAUGAUAUUCCUCGAACAGAGAUUCGUUUCACUAUGUGAAACUCAUUUCGUUUCACCGUGUGAAACUCAUUCGAAGAGGUACCAUAUAUAUGGCUUGGGCAUCCUACUAUACUACUGCUUGCCAUAUUUGUAAAUGUCAAAAAAAGAAAGAGAAAAAAGAUGAGGAAACCUUAGAUGUACUAGUACCACCAUUGUAGAUUUUUAUUUUAUAGUGUGAAAAUCUUCCAUCU